UUGAUAAGGUGAAUGAGUUUGAGCUCAGCUCUAAUGGCGGUUCACAAUCAAAACUCAGAAUCCAAAGAUUCUGAAUCCCAAGUCGAUGGCAAUCUUCUCGUAGCUCUAGCCUUUGCUCGCGCUGGCAUCGAUUGUAUGUUCGGUGUUGUUGGCAUCCCUGUAACAUCUCUUGCGAAUCGUGCCGUUGCUCUUGGCAUUCGAUUCAUUGCCUUUCACAAUGAGCAAUCUGCCGGCUAUGCUGCCUCUGCUUAUGGUUACCUUACUGGCCGUCCGGGAGUUCUAUUAACUGUCUCCGGACCUGGUUGCGUCCAUGGCCUUGCCGGUCUUUCCAACGCAGCCGCGAACACCUGGCCCAUGAUCAUGAUCUCUGGAUCCUGUGACCAGAAGGAUUUUGGCCGGGGAGAUUUUCAGGAGCUUGACCAGAUUGCCGCUGUGAAGCCCUUUUCCAAAUUCUCUGCAAAAGCGACGGAUAUUUCACAAAUUCCUAAUCAUGUCUUUGAUGUCGUUGAUCAUUCCGUUUCAGGGAGGCCUGGGGGUUGUUAUUUGGAUAUCCCCACUGAUAUUCUUCAUCAAACGGUUUCUGAAUCCGAGGCUUCAAGGCUCUUGUCUGCGGCCGAGAGCUCUAGGGCCCAACUAGCGACGGAAAAAGCUUUCCCAAGCCUUGAAAGUGAAAUUCGGAAAGCGGUGUCUUUGCUCCGAAGCGCUGAGCGACCUUUGAUUGUGUGUGGAAAAGGCGCAGCUUUUGCUCGAGCAGAGAAUGCCUUGAAGAACUUGGUUGAUACCACGGGAAUUCCCUUCUUGCCCACUCCAAUGGGGAAGGGUUUGUUGCCUGAUACACAUGAGCUUGCUGCCACGGCUGCUCGGUCGCUUGCGAUUGGUCGCUGCGAUGUUGUGCUUGUGGUGGGUGCGAGGCUUAACUGGUUGUUGCACUUUGGUGAGCCCCCGAGAUGGUCCAAGGACGUGAAAUUUAUUCUUAUUGAUGUCUCCAAGGAAGAAAUUGAGCUUCCGAAACCACACCUGAGUUUGGUUGGUGAUGCUCGACAUGUUUUGGAAUUGAUAAGUAAGGAGAUUAAAGAUGACCCGCUCUGCUUUGGUAAAUCGCAUACAUGGGUCGAAGCAAUUUCGAAGAAGACCAAGGAGAAUGUAUCAAAGAUGGAAUUGCAGUUGGCAAAGGAUGUUGUACCAUUUAAUUUCAUGACUCCGAUGAGAAUUAUAAGGGAUGCAAUUCUAGCACAGGGGAGCCCUGCUCCGAUUCUUGUCUCAGAAGGAGCAAAUACAAUGGAUGUUGGCCGGGCUGUAUUAGUCCAGACAGAGCCCAGAACAAGGCUGGACGCAGGGACUUGGGGCACCAUGGGGGUUGGUCUCGGUUAUUGUAUUGCUGCUGCAGUGGCAUCACCAGGUCGACUCGUAGUUGCUGUUGAAGGAGAUUCUGGAUUCGGAUUCAGUGCCAUGGAAGUUGAGACAUUGGUGCGGUACCAGUUGCCUGUUGUUGUUAUUGUUUUUAAUAAUGGUGGUGUAUAUGGUGGUGAUCGGAGGAACCCUGAAGAAAUCACUGGGCCUUACAAGGAUGAUCCUGCUCCUACUUCUUUUGUUCCUGGUGCAGCAUAUCAUACUCUAAUUGAAGCUUUUGGAGGGAAAGGAUAUCUUGUUGGGACACCAGAAGAACUGAAAUCUUCCCUCGCUGAAUCAUUUUCAGCACGAAAGCCAACUGUAAUAAAUGUAACUAUUGAUCCCUAUGCUGGAGCAGAAAGUGGUAGAAUGCAGCAUAAGAAUUGAGGUAGGACUUUCCAGUUUCUGUGUGGAUUUGUGUUAUCAGCUCUGGCCAGUCAAAUUGUCAUUGUAC